AUGAUGUUUUCGAAGCUAUUCGAGAUCCAAGAUCCACAUGGACAAGCUCAGCCUUUCAUCAACCAAUUUAUUUUCAGGGCUGUAACGACGGAAGAGUGGAGUGAAGCAAACUAUCCAUCAUAUUGCCUUGGAGGGUAUUAUUUGGCCUCCGUUUCGGUAGUGAAACGGUUACUCGACGUGGUUCAUCUCCAACGCUUUUUCUGGAUUGAUGAUGUUUUCAUAACUGGAGUGCUCGUAAAUGCAGCUAAUAUCAGCGUCACGAAUAUGAACAGACUUACUUUGAACGAACACGAUACAAAAGAUCGUCUUAACGGAUCAAUAGCUUUUAUAACGGGAAGACAAUAUUUCCGCCAUUGGUUCUUUGUGGUCAACCAUGAAACGCUGUCGUUGAAUUGA